GCCUCUCGCUGUUUACAGAAGCAACCGCGGAUAAUUCGGGAUAUCUCCAGCCCUGUAAUUGGGGUCAAACAGCAGACGUAGCACAUCCUUUGGGGUCUUUGAGGGGUGUGUCACCUUCUCCAUAAGGCCCCUGGAGGUCAGAGAUGCUUACUCCCCAAGGCCCAUUGGUGGACGUCGGCGUCUGUUGGCGGCUCAGCAAAGGAACUGGAACCCAUCACUACAACGUCAAAAAAGUGAAUCGGCUCACUCUUUUGCGGAAUGGCAAGACGUUUCCACUGCGGGGAUUGAGCAAAGCACAUGGCCAUAGCACACGAGACUGGCCUAAAUGGGUUUCUACAGUGGGCGUAGACCCCACGGGGUCACCUGGCUCUGCCGCAUCUCCGCGGAUAAAGGUAUAUCGUAGCGCGGUUCACAGUAACUGGCAGGCCCACGACCUUACACCAUCUCCGGUAGUUUGGGUCCGUUUUAGAGUUUGACUGAAAUAUGAUCUGAUCAAAAGCAAUAUCCAGAACCGGUUGAUGCUCCGUGGCACCACAGAAUUAUCGUUAUGGGCUAACGGACGCUGCCUGUAUAAGUUGAAGCUUGUCGCUGCUAUAUAUCCAAGCUUUGACUCACCCAAUUGCAAUACGCCAUAUUAUACCCAAUUACAGUAUACACAAUUACUCUACAGCAAGGCUACAAUGCUAUCAUCAAGCAACGCGAUGCGAACUGGCAUCCUCCGAUCUGGGAGACUAGCCACACGAAGCACAGCACUCCUCGCACGCUCAGCAACAGCUCAGAUCCAAACGACACGCCGAAACUUUUCUUCCAGUCAACGAACACUCUGCGCAAGCUGUGCAACUUCCGGAGGACAACCAUGCGCCCGGCAUAACCCUAGCAGUCGCGCUAGCGCCGGAAACAUCACCACAAGCUUCAGUCCUAACAGUAGCCUCGGCAAGACUGCCGCUUACGCCACAGCUGCUAGCCCUGUCAUUCCUAGCGAACAGUGGGCACAGGUUUUGGAAGAACGAGGUGGAGCUGUUCAAUAUAAAAAGAUCCCUGUUCCAACGCCAGGCUCCGAUGAGGUUUUGAUCAAUGUCAAGUAUAGUGGAGUCUGCCACACAGACCUUCACGCCGUCAAUGGCGACUGGCCACUUGAAUCGAAGAUGCCUCUAGUUGGCGGUCACGAAGGUGCGGGUAUCGUGGUAGCACGAGGAGAGCUCGUCAAAGACGUUGAAAUUGGUGACCAUGUUGGCCUGAAGUGGCUUCACGGCUCCUGCAUGAGCUGUGAGCAGUGUCGACAGUCCAACGAAUCCCUUUGUUCACAAGCUUCCCUUUCAGGAUACACAGUUGAUGGCUCGUUCCAGCAAUACGCUGUAGGAAAAGCUGCUCAUGUCGCGCGAAUUCCCAAGGACUGUGACCUCGCUGGCGUGGCACCUAUUCUCUGUGCUGGACUUACAGUCUAUAAGGCUCUCAAGUCCUCCGGCGUUCGACCAGGACAAAGUGUCGUUAUUGCUGGCGCUGGAGGCGGUCUUGGUACUUUCGCUAUUCAAUAUGCCAAGGCUAUGGGUCUGCGAGUAACUGCUCUUGAUGGUGGAGAUGAGAAGCGCAAGGUCUGCACUGAGCUUGGGGCUGAUGUAUUUGUUGACUUCAAGACGUCGACGGAUAUUGUUGGCGAGAUCAAGAACGCUACUAAUGGCCUUGGACCUGAUGCUGUUCUACUUCUUGCAGCCAGUGAGAAGCCAUUCCAGCAAGCUAGUCAGUAUGUCAAGAGCAAGGGCACGAUUGUCUGUGUUGGUUUACCAGCCAAUGCUUUCGUCAAAGCUCCUGUCUUCGACACUGUCGUUCGGUAAGUGGGAAGAACCCAUCUUUGCAAGGUAUACGCUCACAGGAUGUAAUAGUGAAAUCAAUAUCAAGGGCAGCUACGUCGGUAACCGACAGGAUACAGCUGAAGCCAUUGAAUUUUACAGGCAAGGCCUCAUCAAGGCACCAUACAAGAUCGUCGGAUUGUCAGAACUCCAGAAGGUCUAUGAUAUGAUGAUUGCAGGCAACGUUGCUGGUCGUUAUGUGGUGGAUACCAGCAGAUAACGACCCGGGAUGAUUUGAUAUUAUGGGAGGUUUAUUGAAAGCGUUCUUGAUGUUGUUUACGGAAUACGCGUUAUACCACGGAGGACUUGUGUAUAUGUAACAUGAGAGGAAUGAGAUUUCUUUGUUGCUGAUCUCUUGAUUUUUCUUAGCUUUGGACAUUGAAUACAGACAGGAUUUUAACUCACUACCAGUUUUCAUUUAAGCUUUUCUUUACUAUAUUUACAUAAGUUUCAAAAACAUAAACUAUUCCCUUC